AUGCAAGCCAUCGGUAACUUCUCUCUUGGUCCGAAUGUGUCUCCAAGAAAUAUUGGACAUUCCAUGUGUUACAGGAAAGUUCUUGGUCCUAGCCAUGAAGUAGUGAUGUUCUACAUAUUUUAUGAGAGAUGGAGGCGUGGUGAAGUUGAGAAUCCUGAGCAGUAUAUGCAAAAUUUAAAAGCAGUCUUUCAUUCUACAGGAAAUUGUGUCCAUCCUUCAGGAGUAGACCAACCUAUGCACCAAAUAAUAGAUACCUUAGCAGAGGCUUUUGGUGACAAGAAGGACCAAUACUUUCGAGUGUGGGUUGAUCAUGUAUCUUUUGCAGAGGUUAGUUUGGGUUCGUGGCUGGUCAAAUUUGACAAGUGGGAGAUAUCUGGGAAUGAGUCACGGGGUUGUUUAACAAAGGUUUUGAUUAAUUCAAAGGUUGAUGCACCAGAUCGUUAUAUCUGGAUGCACUUACAUCAGACUUGGUUGGAUGGCUUAGGAGGACAGAAUGAUAUGUGUUGGCUGUUGUAG